ACUUACACAAAAAGAGAGAGCAAUUAGUUUUGAUAUGCUAUUUUUAGAAGAUUGACAUGAAUCAGCAUAUUUCAGAUGCAAUCUUGUAGAAAAGGACCCUUAAACUUUAUUAAUCCACAAUAUUAGCAUCUAAAUUUUUAUUAGACUAUUAGUUUUUUGUGAAUCAAUUAUUCGAUUUUCAUCUUUGACCGGAGAAAAAUAAAAAGGUUUGAGGCUUAGAAUCCUAUCAACUGACACUUCACUUGCAAGCCUUUCAACGGCUGAGGAGCCAUACCUUUGAUCUAUCAGCUUCUCUGCUUGAAAAAAUCUUUGGUUUUGCAUUCACUUUUGAGGGCUAUAAUGGUGGAACUUCCCAAUUCAUUCUCUACCUAUGAAACUUAGGGUUUCAGCUCAUAGAGAAGCUGCAAUUUCAAUGGGACAACUUAAUGGUGCAGAAUACAUAGGGAUUAAUGAGGUUCGAGCAAAUAAUGCUAAGAAAGUUUCACUCUUGCCUCUCAUUUUCCUCAUUUUCUAUGAGGUUUCUGGUGGUCCUUUUGGUGUUGAGGACACUGUUCAUGCAGCUGGUCCUCUUUUUGCUCUUCUUGGAUUCUUGGUUUUCCCUUUAAUAUGGAGUGUCCCUGAGGCACUCAUUACUGCUGAAAUGGGCACUAUGUUCCCUGAAAAUGGUGGUUAUGUUGUGUGGGUUUCUUCUGCUUUAGGUCCAUAUUGGGGCUUUCAGCAAGGUUGGAUGAAAUGGCUGAGUGGAGUCAUUGACAAUGCACUUUACCCCGUUAUGUUCUUAGAUUACCUAAAAUCAGCUAUCCCUGCAUUAGGUGGUGGGCUUCCUAGGAUUCUAGCUGUUUUGGCUCUUACUCUGGUUCUCACUUACAUGAACUACAGGGGUUUAACCAUUGUUGGUUGGUUUGCUGUUUCGCUUGGUAUUUUGUCGAUCCUUCCUUUUGUCGUUAUGGGGCUCAUUUCGAUUCCCAAAUUAAAGCCUGCAAGAUGGUUAGUGGCAGAUGUACACAAUAUUGAUUGGAACUUAUAUCUGAAUACUCUCUUCUGGAAUCUGAAUUAUUGGGAUUCAAUAAGUACUCUUGCCGGAGAAGUACAUAACCCGAAAAAAACUCUGCCUAAGGCUCUGUUUUAUGCUGUUAUUUUGGUUGUACUAUCGUACUUUUUCCCUUUGCUGAUCGGUACGGGAGCCGUUCCCCUCGAGCGUGACUCGUGGACAGAUGGAUAUUUCUCAGACAUUGCGAAAAUACUUGGUGGAGUUUGGCUUAGAUGUUGGGUUCAAGGGGCUGCUGCAGUAUCAAAUAUGGGAAUGUUUGUGGCUGAGAUGAGCAGCGACUCUUUUCAGUUACUCGGUAUGGCAGAGAGGGGAAUGCUCCCUGAGUUCUUCGCAAAGAGAUCUCGCCAUGGAACUCCUUUGAUUGGGAUCCUAUUCUCAGCUUCUGGUGUGAUUUUACUUUCGUGGCUGAGCUUUCAGGAGAUAGUAGCUGCAGAAAAUUUCUUGUAUUGCUUUGGAAUGAUCUUGGAAUUUAUAGCAUUUGUAUGGUUAAGGAUUAAAUACCCCAAUGCAGCACGCCCUUUCAAGAUACCAGGUGGAACCAUUGGAGCCGUGCUGUUGUGCAUACCUCCGGCCAUUCUCAUUGGUGUUGUGUUGGCCUUCUCUUCGAUUAAAGUUAUGGUUGUAAGCCUGGUCGCUGUUGCGAUUGGGUUGGUGUUGCAGCCAUGUCUCAAGUUUAUUGAGAAGAAGAGAUGGUUGAAGUUCUCCAUUAGUUCUGAUCUUCCUGAUAUCACGUCACAUGGACCGUUGCUUGAUUGAUUCUCUAACGAGUUGGGGCUUUAUAAGGUCUAACUAUUCCACUUACAUAACAGCUAUGGCGACUAAGUUGAGUGCAGAGUUAUGGUGUAGUGCAUGGAGAAAAGGCAGGCAGCAGAAGUGUUGUCGAGGUGUGGAUGAUCAUUUUCUCUUGAACGAUUUUAUGGUAGCUUCUAUCGUUGUAAGCUGUAUUUGCCAUGUCCCCAUGCCUAUGGAGCAACACCAGCAGAGGUGGUUGUUGGAUGAUCCAUUUCUCUGUAGGGUAUCUUCUAAUCUUGUAGCUAGCUGUAUUUGCCCCUGUUGUUGAGAUUGUUGAAGUUAUGAUGGUGAUUCAGGGAAUUGAGUGAUUUUUCCUGAA